AUGGUAGAUAACUUGUGUCCCUCGACGCCAAUACUGAUUGCAGCAAGUAAUGGCAUUGUGGAAAUGGUCGAGAAAACCCUGCAAGAUCUUCCCCUGACCUUUCAUGACAGGGACUUCAAACGGAAGAACAUAGUGAUAUUGGCAGUGGAGAACAGGCAGUCUCAUCUAUAUGACUUCUUGCUCAAGAGUUCUCAUCUUCAUGAUGAAGACCUUGCACUUCAUGCAGUGGAUGAAGACGAGAAUAGCCCAUUGCAUCUAGCUGCCGAGUUAAAAAAUUAUGAAAGCUGGCUUAUCCCCUCCAGCACGUUGCCAAUGCAUUGGGAAUAUGUGAAGAAAUCCUUGCGACCGAAUGUCUCUGCCAGUUCUAAUAGGAUUCAAAAGACCCCUGACCAGAUAUUCACAGAAACACAUAAACAACCCUUAGAAAAAAGCAAAGAAUGGCUCAACAGCACAUGCAAUUCCUGCUCUUUCACUGCAGCUCUAAUAGCAACUGUCGCCUUUGCUUCAUCAGCCACCGUACCAGGCGGAGUCGACCAAGACACUGGCAAACCAAUUUUCCAACACCAUUUGGCUUUCAGAUUUUUUGUAAUUUCAUCCCUAGUUGCACUCUGCUCUUCCUUCAUCUCACUGCUCGUAUUUUUCGCCCUUCUCACCUCCAAGUGCCAAUAUAAAGAUUUCAGUAAGAACGUGCCUAGGAACCUCUUAUUUGGUUUAACCUCUCUCUUUAUAUCCAUGGCGGCCAUGUUGAUAUGUUUCAUCUCAGGGCAUUUAUUGAUGCUUGACAAUCAACUGAAAUAUUAUGCUGCGGUUCCGAUGUACGCAGUCACCCUCUUGGUUAUAACAUUCAUUUCCCUUCAGCAGCUUCCAUCAUUCUUUGCUCUUGUAAGGGCUAAAUUUCAUAACGUGCCUGAGCGUAUUUACAAGGAGGAUCCUUUGUAG